UCGGUCAGGCAUCACUCAGCAAGUAACUUCAGCAGAGUUGAGGAGCAUCCCAACCAAGGUCCGCAGUCAUGAAGGUCGCCGUGGUCGUCUUCUGUCUGGCUCUGGUCGCCACCGCCAGUGCUCAGAGCUUCGGUAACCGCCGGUUCCUGCGGCGUCCGGUCGGAGGAGCCACCGGGUUCGGCAACGCCGGCUCCACUCAGGGACAGAGCUCUAGCCCCUUCGGCGGCACUAGCCAGAUCCAGAACAGCUUUGCGAAUGCUGGGGGCUCUGCAUUCGGGGGUGGCGUUUCCCUCAACAGCGCCAACAGCAACGUGGGACAGAGCACUGGUCUGUUCGGAAGCAAUCAGUUCGCCAACAACCAGGCCACCAGCAACCAGUUCGGCUUCGGACGAUAACUGGGCCAUUUCUUUGACUACUUUACUCGUUUCCGAAUGUCAUGUGUCACUUCAGAUCGGGUGCCAGUGAGCCGAGUGUGUUUUGUCUUCUUGUUGUCCCUAUAUUGUCAUCCUUGCCUAAAAUCUAGGCUGUAAUGCGUAAUAAAAUGUGAACACGCUCAAAA